AUGAGAUUCAUUUCAAUUUUUUUAAUAAUCGUUGCAUUGUGUGUUUCAUCAAGUUGGGCAUUUAAUUUUACUGACCAACCAAAUUCAUUUAGAAUCUCAGGUACAGGAUGUGGUUCUGGAACCACCACUGUAUAUUUUUCAACUGAUGGUAGAUGUAAUUCUGCUUGUGGUGGAAGUAUUAGAAUAAAAGGUGAAGGAAAUAAUGUUCCAAACCAACAGUUUACCCUUAAUGAUUAUAGUAAAAAUGUAACAAAUUGUAGUGGUACCUCAAAUGUUGCAAGUUUCAGAUGUCCAGCUUUGGUAAAUACUACUAGUCCAACCUUCACUGUUAAUGUAGGAAAUUCUGCUUACCACGUUACUUGUCAAUAUGCUCAAGUAACUGAAACUCCAGCUGGUAACUCUGCUGAUAAAGUAGCCGUUGGUAUUGCUAUUAUCUUUGGUGCUUUAAUCUCACUCUUAGCACUUUAA